UCCUUGCCAAGCGUUAGUUCACCGUGAGAAUUCGAAGCGAUAGCUGGUGAGCUCUGGUGUGCUUACCAGUACCAAACAGUUUGAUAAAGUGUUUUGCCUUAAAGUCGCACAGAUUUGCACCACAGAAAAGAAAGUGGAGAAAGAAAAGUGUUGUACUUGCUCGCUUAUGUUUCCCGUCUUCUGGGGGUUUGUUUCUUUCCGGAAGCGUUGAAGUGCACAAGGAUACCUCUUGACUUCAGUAGGUGAAUACGGGGACGAUGGUUGUGAGAGCGGGAGAAUAGCUUUGUGUUGCGACCGUAUUGGAAUAAAUUGCUUGAUGUGUUAAAUCGAAUUUGUAAAGAUAAGCUGAGUGUCAUUGAUUGGCUGGACAGCCAAUUACCGCUGGUUUGUGUAGUGAAUAUCAAUGCUGGAAUACUUGGACGACAUCAAUUUCUGUGAUUUCUGUAAUGUAUAAUAAUCAAAUACAAGCGUGCCAUAAAAUGUGUAAAGACUAUUAAUGAGACUAAUUUGAGCAUAUGUGAUAGUUUUUGUGCUAGGGAAGAAACUUGAGGGCGAAUAAAAAAUUGGUGAAGUAGAACUUGUGGCUCCCAUAAACAACAACGAUAACAGCAGAUAACAUUGAACGGGUUUACAGAAAAUAUGCAAAAUAGUCAGAUAUUUUAAAACUACUGCGAUCUUUGUAUGGGAAGCACGCAAUCUGCAUUUACGUUAACAGGAAAGAAAUAACAAUUUGGGUCACUUCUUUCAUAGUUCAAAUCCUGGUUGAAAUCAUCGGCAGGUUCACUUGGAUUAAACUGAAUGUGUAAAACUGAAGAAAAACAAGUGGAAUCCAUUGCGUUUGACGGUAGUGAAGGACCCUCUCACUGCCGGCGCGAACUGGAAAAACGACCGAAGCGGCUAAGAAAUAGAAAAUGAUUGGCGCGAAGCUGUUUCCGCUUUUGAUUUAUACUUUGUCGGUAGUCUCGCUGUUGGGAGGUCCCCUCGUUUUUGCUGUAGCGACUGUCGAUGAUUUUAUCGUGUUUAAUAGUGCUUGUUAUGACGACGACGAUUACGUGAAUGAUGAUCGUAAUUUGAGUUUGCCAGAUCUGGUCGCAGCCAGUGAUGUAAUAAUAAAAGCGUUCGCCGGAGAUGGCAAUUACCUGCGUCCUGAGCUGGUGGCUUCCGGUGGUGAUGGUGCAGAAAAUGGAAGCAAAUUCGAUGGUAAAAGUAGGCGUGAAAAUGGGAAGAAUGAAGCUGCUUCUUCGAGCGCAAACAGUUCCAACCGAAGACCGGAGUCCGGAUAUGAGAAACACGGUAGUGCGGUUGGCAAGGAUGAUUUCGUUGUGCGGUUGGAGCCUUCCGUAGUCUACAAGGGAAAUGAGAUCUUCCAGAAGUUAAAGUUGAUCAACUGGCAGCAUUACAUUAUUAUAAAAAGUAUCGCCAAUAAGCGAAUGAGACUGAGCUCGCGUACAUCGGCGCCGAAUGAAAAUCGGAACGAGUUGCCGAGCUUGGCAAGUUCCACAGCAAGCCAGAACAAUAAGUAUAGAAGUUGUACACAUAAACCUAAGUGCAAUAGGAGUAGCAACAUAAAUAAUAAUAUACAAGUGCGGAAGCUUGAGAUUCGUAGCACCGGCACUGGCGGAACGACGCUAGACAAUAAUGAUAGCAGUAAGAGCACCAACAACGACACCAGUUACCAACAUCACAGCAAUGAGAAUAAUGCGGAAAAUAUCACCCGACAGCAGUUCUCAGUUUCCAGCAUAUUCAGCGAGGUGCUGCCAACCCAGUUAAUCAUCUUUGGAACGCUGGAUGAUAGAAACAAUCUGCAAGUAGAUCUCUUCAGUGGUUUGCAGCUGUGGCACCCAACACUGGAAAGUUCUUUGUGGCGGUCACUGGGUAUGCACACAGUAUUAUCGCCUUAUACUGCAUGUUUAGGCUGGAGCGUUUGGGGCGAAUAUACGCCGUGCAGUGUGUCCUGUGGCAAAGGUGUACAACAGCGAUUUCGGCAUUGUUUGAGGAGACUGGAGCCGGGAAACACAACGCCUAGCGGAGACGAAGCGUUGCCAUCGGCGCAAGCAACACGGCUGCAGCGCAAGCCGUAUGUAAACAUUGAGCAUCCCGAGAAGGAUGGUUUAAUGAAUAAUGAAAAUGUAAAUCCCUCGUCAUCAUUUAAAUCUCCGUUGUUGAAAUCGCCUACGGUGCCAGAGGUGGGUGACAAAGCGAUGGAAAGGAAACUCAGUAAAUCCGUGAUGCCAUUCGAUGGUAGCAACCUGCAGCUAGAGCAGGGCUACAGGAACGAUGAACUCACAGAGGAGGAGGGUACUUCAACGUCAACGACAGAUCUUCACUCUGCAAUUGAGAGGCGUUUUAAUGAAAGUACUAAUGCAAAUAGCGGUGAAAGGAACAUUCAGAAUCCUACUGCUGCCUUCUCCAGUAGACAAAAUCGAGGUAUUUUUCUACAACGAACAAAUCAACACAAUGAAUCCCGCGUUCCCGGGGACUUCCAACCGUUUGGCUUUCUACCGGCCCCAAGCAUAAACGGCGAAAGCCGCAUUAGUACCGCAGCCACAGAUUCCGACUGCGAGGGAUAUAAUAUCGAACAAAGGAAUUGCAACAUGUUUGAGUGCACAGGUGCAAUCGAUUUACUCUCGGCCACCAUCAACCAACGGUCUGCGGUCGGAGAGCUUUGGGAGAAUCGGUUAAAUUUCCAGUUCAAUCAAAUUGAUCAAAAUUUUACGCUGUUUCUAAACUUGCGAUCUAGGAAACCUCAUCGUUCAGAAUCGCAUGCGGGUGGCUAUUUAGCUAACAACAAUAUCCUAUCGGUUCGUUCGCAAUUGGAUGCUAGCUCAAGUUUGUCGAUUAAUUUCGUAAACGAUGGUCAUGGUGGCUUGAAAAUAAUUCAGGAAAAGUUUGGCCUUUCGGAGAUGCUUCCGGUGAAACGAAAUUUAUUGGACGGCAAAUGGCACUGGAUAGCGUUUAGUGGAAGAAACGGCAGCUACAUAACCGUGUUCAUCGAUUGUCUGUGGGCUAACUCGUUCGUCCUCUCGAGGGGAGCUUUUGAACUGCCGCAGUAUCCUGUGAUUGAAGCUGGACGUGAUAUUGAACUCCAACAGUUAACGCUUGUCCCUGGAGACCAACAUCGACUGCAGUGCGCAAAAGAGACCAUCCCCAUAACGGACACGGAAAAUCGACAAGUUACCAAUUAUUUCGAAGGAAUAAAUUAUCACUGAAUCAGCAGGUGGCACGCAAAAGCUGGAGUAUUAUCGACUUUUAAAUGGAGAUAUCUUUUUACGGCAUUAAUUUUGAAGCCUUAUUCAUUGCCAUGGAAGAUAGAAAACGUUAGCUGAAAACAAUUGUAUUGAUAAUCACGGAUUUGAAUUUCGUUAAGACUAGAGAUUUAAACCUAAAUUAGUUGUCAACCAUGCCAGUUUUUCGGGUUUUGGGUGAAUCGCGUAAUCUGCAAUUAUUUCACCUAAUAUCGUCAAGCUAAAAAAAAAUUUUAUUCUCCGUUAUUUGGUGAAACAUAUUUUCUACUCACAUUUUAGCUGUUUCGCUGUAAAUUUGGAACUUUAAAAACUUUGAAGUAACCUGCUAUAUUGCCCGAAAAGCUAUUGUUUUAGUACCUAACGAUUUUAAUUAACUUACUUACGGGACACGCGCAUUUUUGUUUGCAACUGUUACCUCUGAAAUAGCUUUUGCUCAGAGAGUCUUUGAAGUGGCUCAAAAAGGAGUGUUUGGACGAUAUGUUAUUGAAAUUUAUUCGAAAUAAAUUAAUACAUAACACUCAUGACAUUUUACUGAACAAUCCUAUUACUACAGUAUAGGUAGCCUCCAAGAUGUUUGGUUUAGUUUUUAAAAAUAUUGAAAAAUAACUGACAAACAUCAAAAAUGAAAAGUGAAGUUAGCGUCGUUUGCACAGAUGCACGUUGAGGUAUAGAUAAUUAAGUCCGGCCCGCGGCAUUGAUGAUGAUUAUAAGUAAUAACCUAAACACGUCGCUGCGGACGAUUUUAGCGGUACUCGAUUUUUUAUAGUAGAAUUAAAUGGAAAUACUGUCUGUUCUUAAUAUUUUACUCCAUUCUACUAAGACACUCAAUAAGAAGUUAAUUUGUUUUUUUUUUAAUACAUAGCAUGAUUUCGAAACAAUCUACAGUUUCUCAAUCAGAAAAAAAAUCUUACUAGGGAGUUAUUAUAAAUCUUACGAUGCCUUUUUAUGGGGAAGGGGGGUUGAAAAUUCCAAAAAAAGCUCUUACGAAAUUUGUGGAUGACCCUUAAGAAUAAUUUAGAUAAAUUUGAUGUUCAAAAUUGUAUAAUGGCCAACGUUAUCUUAACGACGAAGAAUGUUAAAAAAAUUGCAAAAUGCAUCCACUUCCUCUCCCAGAUGGUCUCGAGGUACGAUGCUGGCCUAACAAGCCAGUCGUCGUAGGUUCGAGUCUCGUCUCGGGAGAGACUGUUAGUGUCAGUAGGAUCGUAGCACUAGCCCCGCAAUUGUCAUGUACACUAAAUAGUCGGCUGCGAAGUCUGUGUAUAAAUAAACAGAAGGUCAAGUUCCGAUUCGGAAUGUAGCACCAAGGCUUUGCUUUUUUGCAUCCACUUCACGUUUGGAAUCAUUGAGUAAUGGCGAAGGCGAAUAUACAAAAACUCAGAAAAUUGCACGAGAGUAUACCUGCAGCCAUUGCAGUCAACAUUAGAACAAACAGGAUUAUAAGCUCACAGCAUAGAAAAUGGGUAGUAUGUUUCUCUUUUUGUUGACAUUUUUUUCUGCCCACUUCAAGUGCAAAUUAUCGCGGCAAUUUUCUGUUUGAUUUUCAAAUAUAAUAAAAUAUUAGAUAGAAAACGUCUCGACUGAUUUUUGAAUUAGAAAGAUCAAAUGUUUUUAUGCCUUUAUUUUGAACAAUCCUGGGAAUCUCGUUGAGUUGAGUACCGAGAACCGAUUACAAACGAUGGAAAAGCUAAUGAAAUUAAAGGAGGGCUAAUUUCAUAAUCCAUAUUCAUUUGGUGUCAGGUGGAAAAACUCAAUAUUUUAACGUGUAAUCCUCAUACACCUUCAACCUAUUGAUUGAUAGAGAGAACUUGAUAGAGAAAAGUACAGAAGAGAAUUUCAAUCGAAGCGGCAUUUCAAGGAAUAGAACAAAUAGACAGGCUUAUGCUAUUUAAAAUUCCAUUUGUCACGUAUUUUAUAUUGGAUACAGGUGAAGGUGAACCAAGAAACACGCUAUUUCUGUAACGAGAAAAAAGUUCAACAAAUCCUAUCUACAUACAUAGAGGUCAUUAAAAACAUGAUCUAUUGAGCCUGCAGGAUUCAGAUAGAUGCUUAUCGCUGCUGUAAAAAUCUAAGUCAGAACAAUAAAUUGCCAUUGCUGUAUAUGGAGCGCUUACUUCACAAAAUGUAUGCAUAGUUUUCUCAUCAUCAUCGUUAGGAUUUAAACAAAGUUCUAGUCAGUCAAAAAAAAAACUCUUGAUUGUUGUUGAUGCUAUGCUUGCUUACGCGUGCAAUGCAAAUAUAAAGCGCGCCUGGUCAACAAUAACGAAACUAGUCGAACGUACGUGACGAGGAUCAACUUGUUUGAGGCUUUUAUAUUGCAGUAUAUCAUGCAAAAAAGGUUUAACCCAAAACGCACUUUUUACUUAGUCACAGAAAUUGUUCUUUUUUUUAUAUUUACAACGAUAUGUGCUGAUUGCAGUAGUUUACACAAAUAUGGGAAAACGGCCAAAAAAAUAUACUCGAAAAUAACAACAAGAAAUUAAACCGUCCUAUGUGACUGACUCAAAUGACUUAUUACACUCUCUGAUAUCAGUCUAUCAUUCUACUGCAUCCAGUGAUCAUGGAUAAAUAUAGAUAAGUGACUGGUUAUAUUGCAUGUACUUUGAUUUCUGCAAACGUCUGAUAAACGCCAGAAAAUUAACAAGUAAACCAAAAAAUAAGUGAAAUUAACACAACCUGAAACAAUAACUAACGAGCAGGAAUUUCAAAUCGAAUUAAAUUCGAAAUAAUGAGUAAAAACCCAACAAUGGAAAUGUCUCAGAUGUUAUCAAACACAUCUAUAUGCCGGUACCGGCAUAACUGUCCCAUACUGAUUUCGGUCACUUUUGAGUUAUCAUCGGGAAUCGACUUAACUGUUAUCAUAUUUUCUGUAAAAAAAUUAAAAUUGAUACUUUUGUAUGGAAAAGCAUGGAAAAAAUAUUAAGUUGUUUUUGUCCCAUAUUGGAAAUACCCGCAUUACAGUCCCACUGCAUAGUGGUGCAAAGUGCAAACAUAUAAUUUUGCUCCAGAUUAGUGUAUAUAGGAUUAUUUCAGGCAUAUAGAAGUAUGUCAUUUAAUUAACUAGACUAACUCUUUUUUUUUCAAGUUAUAUAACGUAAAACCAAUUCCAUCCAUGGUUUUUUGUUCUCAACGAUAAACUUGUGCUGCCAUGAAACAGUUAUGGUCGUUGGUUCUGGAUGUAAUUGCUGGAAAUCCGAAAAUUCACGGAUAAUAAUCAAUCGCCGUUUUCUCAACAUGUUGUUUUUCAUUAUGGGACAGUUAUGCGGGUACCGGCAGUAUAUAUGUACCACAAAAACAUUUACAUACAAACAGAUACACGCGUACACGUGGCAAUAGGAACAGUUAAAAAACAAUAUUGUUUAUAUCGGUGCUACAUGCUUUAUUAAUAUUUUCAGGUUGAAGAUUAUUAAACUUAAAUCAAUAAAGAGAAAAAACACUAUCACGUAACAUUGAGGGAUACUCUAUGGAAUUAUCAGAAUAUAAUUACCAUUGGUUUAAGAAA